GUUAACAUAGUUUGCCUUAGCUUUACAUUUGUUUGGUCGUUAAGUUUAUUUUUUUUCCAUUAUAUUUUUUGGAUUUUUUUUGUAUGUUUGUUCGUUGUUGAGUUGAACUUUUGUUAUUUAGAAUAAAAGAAGCCGUUGCCGCGAUCAAUCCAAAGCAAGCAUAAACCGUUAACUCCACCACCAACCACCAGUCAGAUAAGCAGCGCACCGCCAUUGAACCAGAGUGAAUUAAGCAACCUCUUCUCAUUUGGGCUCGAAGGCACACACAAACGCACACACACACACACAGACAUUCCCUACCAGGAAAACAAGUUCGAACAUUAUAAUAUAUAAACAAAAUGGAUGCACUGGGUGAUAUAUUGGCACCUUACAGUCCGCUAAUAGCUAAAAUAGCCGGCACAAUAACUACCCUACAAUUUCUAUCUGGAGUGGCCCUGCUCAAUGAUAUACGCAAGAAGGGAAGCAGCGAUGUCUAUCCCGUUGGUCCAUUUCUUGGUGGUAUUGUUUUAACUGUUCUCAGUUUAAAACUGGCCUAUAUUAUGAACGAUGCUGCCAUGAUCAAUACCAAUUUAAUUGGUUUGGCUAUUAAUUUUGUAUUCCUUGGCGGUUUCUAUUAUUACGCUUCAAGUGGUAGCCGUACAAAGAUUUGGAAACAAAUUGCCUAUUCCAGCAUAUUUAUUCUACUUGUGAUUGCCUAUGCCAAUUUCGAGGAUCCCAAAGAGAUUGAAUUCCGUUUGGGUAUGCUAAUUACAGGUAUCUUGGUAUGGUUAGUCGGAUCACCGCUAUUGCAUCUGCCAAAGAUAAUUGAGAAAAAGAGCACUGAAGGCAUGCCUUUCCCCAUCAUUCUGUCUGGUAAUAUAGUGGCUUGUUCCUGGAUGCUAUAUGCGAUUUCUAUUAAAAAUACAGCAAUGGUGUUGCAAAAUCUGCUAAUGGUGGUCUUGGGCGGCAUUCAAUUAUUCAUGUUUGUCCUUUAUCCCAGCACACCGGCUACGAAGAAGUCGGACACCAAAAAGGAAGCCAAAAAAGAUAACUAAAAAUAAUAACAAAAAGUCAACUUAGUUAGGAUUUCAAGCUUAAACAACAACAGCAACAACUACAAGAACUAACAAAUUAUUUUUCUAUAUAGGACAAUACUUUUUCCUUAUAAUUUUUUUUUUUUUUUUAAGAGCUAAGUCUUGCAUGAGUGAGGAGGGGACUAACCCCGUUUUGGCUAACUUGUUAUUAAUUUCAAAACAAAAGCAACAAACACUAUUUGCAAUUUUUGACAAUAAUUCAAAUCUUCCAGUAAUAAUCGCAAAUAUAAAUAAUAAAAAAAAGAUAUAUAUAUAUAUA